GAGAGUCCCGGCGCGCGGGGCGGGCGGGGCCGCGUUCUUCUAACCGGAUUCUAACCGCCGAGCGGCCGGACAGGUGCGAGGGUUUUAAUGUCUUUAUUUGAUGGAAAAGAGGAAACUUUGAAGCUUCUCAACUUAAAACUUAGAAAAAAAAAAUAUUGUUGUUGAAGAUGAUCUUAAUUCCAAGGACCUCACAGACUUAAAAAGCUACUGACAUAAUGACUGACAUAAUGAAUUUGUCUUCUCCAGUCAGCCAUGUUGAUCAUGAAGCUAAACGCUUAUGUAGUGCCAAGAGUGGGUCACAGUCACUACAAAAUAGCAGUGCAUCAGAGUUGGACAUUGCUGAAGAUCUGAAAAGGAAACUCUGUCAAGCCAAAGAAGAAAAAGUAGACAUAAUCAUUAAACACAAUCAAGAACUGCGUGACUAUGAAAUCCAGAUUGUCAAAUUACGAUCUGAAUUUGAGAAAGGAGAGGCAAUACGACAAAGGCUGGAAUAUGAACUGGCAGUUGCCAAAAAAGAUGCCCGUUUGAGAAUAGAUACCGUAGAAGAAGAGUUAAGUGAUGCAAGAAACAAGCUUGCAGAGCUGCAAGUGUUCAACGAAAAGCUUCAGCAGAGACUGGUAGAAACUGAGAAAACAUUUCAUAUUGCUCAACAGAAGUGGAAAGAACAACAACAAAGACUUGCAAGUGAAAAGGAUGAUAUUCUCAGAACACACAAGGAUGAAUAUGAAUUGCUUCUUAAGGAAAGAAGUGAGCUAGAAAGCGUUUUGCAGAAUCAGAAUAGCGCUCUGCAAAACUUGAGUAAGAAGGUGAAAGAUAUGGAGCUGGAACAUCGUGACUGUUCAGAGAUGCUCACUCGUCAUGUACACAAGCUUGAACACAGUGCUGAACAAGAGGAGCAGCUUAAAAAAGAACUCGAAGCAGCAACAGACAGAAUAAAGCAAUUGGAAGAAAGCGUUGAAGAGGAAAGAGCAGCACAUUUGAAAUCUAAAUUCAGUUUGGAAAUCACCCAGAUGAGAAUUCGAGAACUUGAAGGAGCUUUACAAAUGGAAAAAGUCAGCCAGGCAGAAGCUCUUUCAGACUUAGAGAUGAUCAGGAAGGAAUUCAAAGAGGUAGAAAAUGCAUAUGAGAGAGAAAAACAGAAAGCCCAAGAGAACUUGGAAAAAGUCAAUAGAUUAGAAAGGGAGUAUAUCUCCACAAACAAGCAAAUGAAUGAGAAGAUUGAGGAAAAGAAGGAGGUAAUUAAAGAUCUGUUGGAGAGACUACGGGAGAAUGAAAAAUCUCACAGAGAACUACAAGAUAAACUUGCAAUGGCCAAGAAACACCAGGUCUUUGUAACAGAGACAUACGAAAACAACAUGAUGGAGCUGAAGUUACUCUUGGACAGCUUUGCUAUGUCAGGCCAGCGGACAGCAGGCUCUCAUAAGGACAAAGAUAAACCUUCAAGCCUCUCUGUCCUUGAGACUUUGAGGUGUACCUUGACAGCUUACCAGAACAAGCUGGAAGACACAUCUAAUGAGCUUAAGAAAAUGAACACUUUGUGUGAAAACACAGCAAAAGAGCUUGAGAUAUCCAAAGACAAGAUGUAUGUUUUAAGUCAAGACCUUAAGGAAGCACGGGAUAAGCUGGCCGAUGCCAAUAAAGAGUUAAAUCAUCUGCAUACUGAGUGUGCAGACAGAACAGCUUUAAUAGGAACUUUACAAAUGGAACUACAGAAUGUGCAGCAGCGCUGGGAGGAGGAGAAAGUACGUGCCGCAGAAUCUGAAAAUGAAAUCCAGAAGCUUACCAGGGCUUACCAGAAGGAUAUGGAGGAGAAGCUAACCUUCCUUCAUGGCUUGUACCAGCAUUUGGUAGCUGGCUGUGUGCUUAUAAAACAACCAGAAGGCAUCCUAGAUAGAUUCUCUUGGUCGGAGCUUUGUGCAGUCUUGCAGGAGAAUGUUGAUGCCCUGAUCUUAGACCUCAACAGGGCUAAUGAGAAGAUAUCUCACCUAGAAUAUAUUUGUAAGAACAAGUCUGAUACUAUGAAGGAGCUUCAGCGGAGCCGGGAAGAUGAUAUUAGCAAAAUGGCUGAACAGAUGAAAGCACAGGAAAGCUGUUGGCAGAAACAAAAAAAGUGCCUGGAACAGCAGUACUCAGAUCUCCUUGGGGAAGUUCAUGCAAGGGCACAGGAAUACCAAGAAACAGCAGAGAACAACAAAGAAAAAAUCUGUGUCCUUGAAAAAAGACGGGAGCAAUUGGCCCUUGAAAAUCUCUAUGUGAAAAAUACAUUAACACAGAUUCGGAAGGAGCAUUCAUCUCUCCUGGCAGCAUGUGCGCUAUUGGCAGGUGCCCUGUAUCCUCUCUAUGGCCGAUCAUGUGCCAUGGCUAUACAAAGAGACCUUCUUCAGGAGCAGGUCAACGUUUAUGAAUUAGUCAACCAGGAAAUUAGGACUCUUGUUCAUGUUCUCUCUGGUGUAGAUGGGGAGAAGGAAGAUGAUGCGAAAAUUAAGAAACAGAAAUUCAGAGGCCUGAUACGUGUGUUCCGAAGAGGUGUGAUUGCAGUUUUGGCAGCUAACAGACUUAAAGUUCUAUCCCAGUCUUCUAGUUGCCUCUUCUCAUUGAUAAAUGGCUUUAAAGAAGGCACUGGAAUUCUAGUGUGUGUAGGGGACUCCAAAGGCAAGCAUAAUAUGUCAAGAUACAACAAGGAAGGAAUUGGUUGUGUUGAAGCACUCAACUGGUUUACUAGUUCUGAUCUCCUUACUGCAAUAAUCAGUUCUGUCACAGAAUUACAGGAUAUUAUUAGCAGAACAGACCCAAAGUCUUGUCUUUCUGGACGCUUGCUUGUAAGUGCAGCCAGGAACUCCUUUUCAAAACUUACGGACAAGCUUAAUACAAUAAUGGAGACUGUUCCAUUAGAUAGCAGCAGGAGUGUUACUUACGUGGAGAAAAACUCCUUGGUACGGAGGCUGGCUCAUGGACUUCAUAAAAUAAAUGCACAAGCUCUGGAAGCUGGAUCAUGUGACAGAUGGCCCAUUAUGAAGAGCAUAGCAUCCUUGCAGAAGCAAAUAUUUGAAUUGACACAAAGACUUCAUACAGUAGAGGUGGAGCGCCGCUCACUACGCCUAGAACUUGCAGAAUUCAAGUUGAAUUUCAGUAAGAUGAAACAGGAGGCUGACAAAACCCAGAGCCUGAAAGAGCAAUUAAGUUUGUUUAGGCAAUCUAAAUUGAUCGCUCACAAGAGGUUUGAAAGUGCAUGUGAAGAAUUAAAUAAUGUAUUACAUUGGGAGCAUCAAGCACAAGUGCUGUUGAAUGAACAGGCACAACAGCUACAGGAGUUAAAUAAUAAACUAGAAUUGCACUCCAGUGAAGAAGCAGAUAAAAACCAAGUCUUAAGUGAAACUAUAAAGAGACUCUCCGAGGCAAAGAUGGAGCUGAGAAGAAAAGAUCAAUCUCUGCGUCAGCUCAAUAGACUUCUUACGCAGCUGGAGCAGGACAAGCGUCGACUGAAAGAGAGCAUCCAUGAUGCAGAGAGUGCCCUCUGCAUGGCAGCAAAGGACAGAGAAUUGUUCAUUAAUCAAAUGAGAUCUGUGGAAACCACUCUUCUUACGGUCAGAGAUCAGACCUUGCUGUCAUGGACUGCGGCAACCAGGAAUGACUUCACCCUGCAGCUACCCAAACUGCACCUAGAGACCUUUGCAGUAGAAGGGCUGAAGGGCAGGCCAGAGGUUGUAGCAUUUCAGGCCAUGAUUAAAAGUUUUAUGGAUGUCUACCAACUUGCAAGUUCCAGAAUUGACAUAUUAGUGAAAGAAACAGCACCUCAUCAGCUUCACACUGCAGCCCCAAUGUCCAAGCACCAAACAUUGCCUUCAUGAAAGUGGGACUUACAAUUGGAAUCAAGAGGGAGUUCAAACAUCACCAUGACUUCAAGCUAGGAAUUCAGCCUGACCAGCGUUGAAUCCCAGAUUUUUUGGCAUUGAAAGCUGAUCUUGACACAUCCUACAACAGUUUUAUGCACAAUAGAGCCAAUUCUCAGUCUUCAGUCUAUUCCUUCACCCUGAAUGUCACAUACAGUCCCAAAAGAACAAUGGAAAAUGGAUUUUGUAUCAAUAAUCUUCAAGAAGGAAAAAAAAUUGCAUUAAUGUAAAAUGAUGCAAUUAAAGUGCAAUUUUGUUGCUACCUUUCGAUUGUAGUUCAGUGUUUGUAUUUUUUGACAUUAAUUUUACGGUGUUAUGAAAAAUGUGCAUUUACAUGUUCACAUUUCUGUGUUUCCAGUUCUUUGCAUACCAAAACAGCUAUUUUUUAAACUUCUAUUUAUUGUGGUUGCUCUUUCUUUAUGUAAUAUAUUUUUAAAUGUUAAAGAAUGACACAUUUUGGGUAAUUUUCCUCAGUCUUAAAAAAAAAAUCAAUAAGCCAUUUUAGUCUCUAUCUAUCAAAGUUGUUUCAUACUUGUCUAUUUUAAAGCAGGACUGCAAUACUUUAAUAGGAUUGAGAGAGCUAUUUGAAAUGUAUGCCAAUGAUUCCUGUCAUUUCAUGGCAGCCCUGCCAUGGUUCACUGAGCCCCCUCUUUUCUCUUGUCAGCUCAACUGAAGACAAGCAUUUAGUUGCAAACUUUAAGCAGGUUGUGCAAAACAGAAAUGAUGUGACUGCUUCUCUUCCUGCACAAUAAUGUCACUGCUGGUCAAUGUGAGAAGGUCAGGUUGCUCCUUGUAAAGCUACAUGAUACCACUUGCCUAUUUGAACAAGUUAAGUUAACUGCUGAAUCUGGUCCCUGCAGGCAUUGAAAACUCACCCUUUUAUCAAGUCUGCAUUUCAUAAGAAAGAAGAACAAUUGUGCAGGGAGGAUUUCUGAUGAUAUGUUUAUGUACUUUAUAAGGACAGUUCCCAAACCAAUGUUGCAGGUAAUAUAUUUAGUUUAAGCUGAAAGACUUUAAAGUAAUGGCUGUUUUGACCUUCAAAUAGACUCCUUUUUUUGUUGUUGUUGGUAGGACCCAAGAGUGACGCCCAUCUUUGAUGCUGACAGAAUUUAAAGCAAGGCCAUUGCCCUGCAUUUUCUGCCUUGUAGCACACAAAAGUAAAAUUGUAUGUCAGGCCGAGAUGUCGGGGAGCUGACAAGAUGCCCCAGUGACAUUUCAGCUGGAAAGAGCAAGUGUCUUGCAACCAAGUGGUCAAAUAUCAAAUAAUAGGUCAAGCAGGAAGGAGCUGAGUUCUAACCACAAAGAGGUUUCUGGUAACUUACUUGACAAGCUAUUGGGCGCUUUGUGGCUUGACAAAGUGAUGUUCUGUUGGGUAUCGCUAGACAGACUGUUCUUUAUCGCCUUCAGAAGAUCAGACAUUGACAUUGAUUAAACUCUUUAACCCUUAAAGGUUAAAUCCUAGCAGUUUCGUCACUGUGAAUGAGGAACAAAAGAAAAUUUGUAAUAUACCACUUGUUUCCAUAUUAAUCACUGAACUCCCCAAUGUUAUUAACUUUUGAUGUACUGUGUAGUUUUUGACAAAAAGAUUGAAUGCAAAAUCUAUAUAAUAGAUUGUUUCUUGUUAUGGACCAGUGAUACAUUAGAAAAAUAAUAUUAUGCAUUAUGGAAUUUGUAGUUUCUUCUAAUAUGUCAAAGACGGGAUUUGAUUUUAGAGCCCUGACUACUGAAAUUUCAUUUUUUCUGGAAAACAAUACUAGUGUAGAUAAUAUACGAUUUGUGAUGAUCAAACUCUUCCAGAUGCCCUUGUUCUCAGGUACCAGGAAGGCUGAUAUAAAUCUCAAACACCUGACAAAAGAACUUUAAUCAAAGACUUCCAGGUUUUCAGGUAGCCUCUUGUACAAGUCCAUUGCUGUCAGUCAUGAUAUGCAUGUGUGCUAAUACACAGCCGUGCAAAAACAAAUAAUAAAUUCUCCAAAACUAAACUAUUGCAAUAAAAGUUAUCUGAUACAGAAAAACACUCCUUUUCUUUAUGCUGAUGAAUUUAAUCUUGAACACUGAAGAUAGAGGUUUUGCUGGCUCUCCUGCUUCCUGGCAGAGACCAGUCUUGGUAAAGGUGCUGCAAGUACUGUAUUCUUCCCUGAUGGUAAUAACAUCAAGUAUCUGUUAUUUUGUUUGCACAAAAAAUGAAAUAUUCCAUAAUAGAUUGAGCAGUUUUUUUCAGCACUGCAUAUAGAAGUGUUUGUGUGUUUCAUUUUUAAAAUAUAUCCUCGUGGUACUCUGUAGUUUCAGGAAGACAGUGCUAUAUUAUCUCAACUUACUGAAGAAAAUUUGCUACAUACUUGUCCCUUCCCUGUCAUUGCCAAUACAUGUGAUAUUGUGUAUCUAGAUACAGAGAAGUGAUUUAUUUAUGAAAUCUGUUUUUCUUUCUGAAAUCCGUAUCUGGCUUUCACUAGGACUGAUCUCCUCUAGUUACUUCAGGUGCUCCAAGCAUUAAGAUUGUAUAGAGGUCACAGCUAUGGCAAACUGGUUGUAGUUAAUAGGAAUAAUCUAGCAAGCUAUGAUUUCUCACAUAAACUGAUUUGUAUACUUUCACUGAAAGGAGGGCCUAUUCAAUCUGUUAAAAUACUGACCAGCUGAAAGUUACAGACUUUUUCAUAAACCCAUGUGCUUUGA